AUGUAUUUACCAAGCUGCACCUAUCCGUCAAAGUCUGACUUUGGCUCCAUCGCUUCACCGUUUUUAACGAAGAGCGGCGCAGCUCUACUGGACCAUAGCACCGCUUCAGCGAGAAGAGUGCCGGAUUACCGGGACUACUACCACCACGAGCCGCGACAGCAGUAUCCUCCUCCGUGGAAAUGGAGUCUCCACCAGGCGAACCGUCCCAUCACCUCUGCGCCGCCAUCCUGCCUCAGCAUGCCGGGGGAGGCGGUUUUUCACGAGUACCAGGGCUUACCAUCCUCGUCGGAGACGAUAUUCAACACCGGUAAAGACUGCUUUCUUUACGGCGGAGCGGCUAACGGUCCCCGUUUUCACGCUCAGUCGUUUUCCGGAGACCCGCCGCGGGGUUUCCCCGGCAGACACACGGCGUUCAAUCCGGACUCUGGACUUCUCUUCCCGGCAGGGCAAAACAGAGUCCUGCCGCCGGUUUUCGAGCAGUUUCUCGAAUAUGCGGAAGAGGCAGUAGAUCCGAGAGCCCAGAUUAGACCCACAUCUGGGAGCCAACAGCAGAAAGAGACGAAUCCGGCCGAGUGGACGAGCUGUCACACCGGAGAAAGCAGCAAGGUGAGGGACGGGUCAGAGUCACCCCAGGCUGCGAAGGAGGACGAGGAGGAUGCGCCGUUAUCCAGCGGCAGUGCAGGAGACUACAGCCAAGGCCCGACAGAGCCCUGUGUGAGGAGGAGGACGCGUUGUCCUUACUCCAAGCAGCAGAUCAGAGAGCUGGAGAGAGAGUUUCUAUUCAACAUUUACAUCAACAAGGAAAGACGCGUGCAGCUGUCCCGACUUCUGCGCCUGACAGAUCGACAGGUGAAAAUCUGGUUCCAGAACAGAAGAAUGAAAGAGAAGAAAUUGAAAAGAGAGAGACUGCUGUACCACACGAGAUAUCACCUGUUAUGAUGGACGGAUGAGGAAGAAAGAAGUAGGAGUCUUUUUUACAGUGUCAGGCUGCAAACAAUGUCACAGCACUGUAUCAUUCCAACCCUGUAGGCAGGUUAAUAGAGACAAACAUAAAGGUAAAAACAAACAAAUAAAUAGAUAAAAAAAAUAUAGGCUGGUCAUUUUGAAUAUAAGCUACAUACCAACAUGCCAUGUACAUUUUAAUUUCCAAGGCACAAACCCUAUAAUGUGCCUUGGAUAGUUUGAAGGAGACUUGCAGUUUAUAUAUUCUUUCCAUCCAUGCAAUGAGCCCUUUACAAGAUGGAAUAAGCACAGUACAUCUGAAUUAGCCAAAGAGCAUCUGUAUGUGAUCACCACAAAGACCCAGCAGUGCCUCUACUCCAUUGUCUUCAAAUAAAUAGAUACAUCUAGUUCCUAACUGCCAUCGAAGGAGAACCCCAAGGCUCAGUGUUAGCCCCCAUGUUUUUCUUGAGUACAAACAAAUCAUGAGCAGUCAAAAGCACCAACAACUAAUGACUAUUCUUCUGUCUGGCUCCUGAUUUUCUUGACUUUUCAUCAAAGGCAUUCUUGCCUUAUUUGAACCCAACUUCCAUCUGAAGACAUGUGGCUCACUGUGAAGAAAUGAAACCUCUCUGCCUCAUGUCCUAUAAAUACCAUGGAAUGAGCACAUACAUUCUUUAUCCUUUCAAAAAACUAAAUGAACGGAAACAUUAAAUACAGAUGUAGCUCUUUAUAUCCUCGAUGGUGAAGCCUCUUGUGUAGGACUUCACAUUUCUUAGAGUAUUUGAUUGAUUUUUUAUUGUGUGUUUUGAUGUUGACUUGGAUUGCUGACAAUGUAUUGAUACAGGCCCUAUGUGUGUAAAUUAGUUAGUUUCUAUCGAUCUACCAAUCUGUAUUGAUACAGUCACAGUUUUUGGAUUAUAAAUCCUCUUGCUGUCCAUGUGAAAUUGUUUACAAUUAAAGGUAAAUACCAAAUAUCAUAUAAAUCUAAUCAUUAUAGGCAAGCGAAGACAAUAUCAUUUUUUUUUGUGCUAUCUGUGACAUUUGGUAUUGUUACCAUUUUGCUUCUGUGUUUUCAGGCAAAAUACUGUAAAGACUGACUGCAUAAGAAAGCAAUAUGAGUGCAAUCCUAUUGCUUGGUUUACUUGGAUGUGCUUUGUGAUUAAAUAAUGAAUGACAAUCAAUGAGUAUGUUCAUGCCUAUCUUCUACUUUUGUUCCAAG